AUGGCACAGAAUUGGGUCGUUCAACUAUUCGGCCUCUGCGCCGCCUUGUCAUUCUUUUACAUCUCUCAGACUCUGGAACGGCAUUCUCUAACUGAAAGCCCUCGUCUAUCGUCAUUCCUUUUGUUUCUACUCUCUGGAAUCAUAUGCUACGGUGUGAGCUGCUUCACAAAGUGGCUUCCUGGUGCAGAUGGACGCUUUGCCAGACACCGUCGUGAGGUAUCUCUGCUGGAUGGCGCUGCAGAUGCCGCUCUUAAUGGCCCCAAUGCCCAUCAGCCAAAGCGGCCACGACGCCUCUCACUUCCUGUCCUCGUUCUCUGUAUUGUUCUCAGACUGGAAAUCUUUCACCGUGUAAACUACCAGCAGCAAUGCUCGACUCCAGGUCUCGAGUCCUUUCUCUGCGUCCUCAUCUUUGCAUAUGAAAUCUUCAACACCCGUCGAAAAUGGGGCUUCCCUCCCCCAGAGGAUCCGGAUGAUCCCUGGCGCUCGUGCUUUGACGACCUAAUCGACUGGUUCAGCGGGCCCCGGGUCGUUCUCACCAUGGCCGUGUCGAGCGUCUUGACGUUUGCGACGGGCACGUACUUUGCUGUCAGCCAGAUGACGCGCUCGACAUACUACUGUUUCGACUUAAUUGAGAGCAAGAGGACCACUCUGCUCCUUCAGUGCGUCGGGCUCAUACUGGAUACCCUAAUCGUCAUCCUACUGUGGAGACUACUGGCUUGGUCGCGGACGGCCAAGCUUCGUCUGAGGACUCUGGGAACGGUUCUAGUUCUAUCAGCUCUGUCGAUGGGUUGCGUUUGGGUUGGAAGCAGGCUUCUCAGGGGUUCUUCAUCCCUCCAUACAGGAUUCGGCUUUUUGUACGGCUUCGAUAUCAUCGUCGACAGCUUCGCCUUUGCUACACUCAUGAUCUCUGCCGCGUUCUGGGUGUGCGAGACAUCACCUCUUACACCAUCCAGUAUCAUCACCUUUCUGGUCGGUACGGCAAAGGCGUGCGAGAACAUCUUCUCGUAUGGAGAUUAUCUGCACCCCUCGCGACCCCCUGCCAUCAUGCCGCUCUGGUUCGUGGCUUUUGGCAUGAUCAUUUUUACAUACUGUCAUGACCUUCGCUCCGUCAUUUUUGUACGGCGCUUCAUGCUCACUGCCUUACUUGUUGGUCUAGUUGUAGGGACCAGCAUCUACAUCACCAUUCAACAACCGCAGACCUUUAACAAGCGACAUCCCAUCGACGAUCUGGUCUUUAGGGCAAACAUCAGGCAUGACCGAUGGCUUCAGCACGCUUCUAUGAGCGGUAGUCUCCCCGUCGCUCACAGGAUCUACAAGGAACGCCACGAGGGCCGUGAUCCGCCCCCAGGCUUCGCCGACUGGUUCGAGUUUGCUCAAAACACCACCGUCAUUGACCAGUUCGACCAGAUCGACAGAGAUCUCAAGCCGUUCAUGGCAGUUCCGCCAGCCAAGUUGCGCCAGAGGGCCGUCAUGCUGGCAAAACUCCCAGGAGUUCACACAAUUACUGUCUACGAGGGCAAGGCGUCUCGAGCUCCUGAUGUUGUGGGCCCUGACGCUGAGGCAUUGGACCGCCUUGUGGAAUCCAUCAACAAGUUUGCCAAGUUUGUGCCCGAUCUCCUCUUCCCUGUCAACCUGGAACCUACGCCGCGGAUCCUUCCGUCGUGGGAGAAUGCCAAGGGGCAGAGCCGAGCUGACCUUACACCGAUUGUGAAUCUCAUCUCUAAGAGGUCCGUAGACGGUGUAAACGAGACUGAGGAAGUGCUUGACUCUCGAGGACCACCCCAAGAAGUGGUACUUGGACAGGGGGACUCACCAUACUCUCUCAUCUCCCCGUCCGACUAUCGCCAGAUGCAGGUCGAGGCCUGCCCUCCUGGAUCAAAGACCCGGAUAACCCCCCACUGGAACAUUGGCGAGUUCUGCUCUUCCUGUGUGCGAAGGCAUUCCAAGGGGCAGGUCUUGGUGAACUGGGAGCGAUCCCUCGAGUACUGCUCCCAGCCAGAUCUCAAGUACCUUCACGGCAUGUCCCUCUCGAGCCCUCACGCGGAGCCGAUCCGGCAGCUGCUACCCCUGUUUGGAGGCUCCAAGACGGAGCCGUUCCAAGAUAUCCUCAUCCCCCUCCCCCGGCCUCUCGAUUCGAAGCCGGACAUGAAGUGGGAUUUCGACCGCCGCUACGAUGCCAUGUUCUGGCGAGGCCAGACCGGUCAAGGUCCUAUCAGUGACCAGGCCUUGCGCGGAAACCACAAGUUUCGACUGCUUCAUCUCCUGGGAAACCAGAACCCUCAUGACAAGGUCACCAUGAUCCUGCCAACCGCUAAAGACGACACCAAGUAUCGACAUGAAAGGGUGCCCGUCACAGAAGCAAACCUCGCGACCCCCUUCAGCGUGGGCAUGAACAACUACACGGGUUGUCUCGGACCAAACUGUGCCCUCAUCAACCAAACAUAUGGUAUUGUGGACGAGGCUCAGGACCAGGACCCGCUAGAGUACCGCUUCAUCCUCCUCCUGGACGAAGACAGCGGGCCGUCCCCCGACCUCGUCCGCACUCUCCGGUCCAGCAGCGUGCCCAUGGUGUCGACGCUCUUCCGCACGUGGUGUACGGACCGGCUGAUGCCGUGGCUGCACUUUGUCCCCAUCGACACGCGCUACCAAGGCCUGCACACGACACUGUCGUACUUUGCAGGCACGCACAAGAGGGCCUACCUCAACGGGCGAGACACCGACAUGAAGGCGAAGGUCAAGGACGCACGGUGGAUCGCUCGGCAGGGGGCGCGGUGGGCGGCCGAGGCGCUGGGCGAGAGGGACAUGGACGUCUACCUGUUCCGGCUGCUGCUCGAGUGGGGGAGGCUUGUAGACGACAAGCGGGAUGAGAUUGGGUACUCGAGGGACGACAAGGGCGAGUUCCUGAGCUCUCCUUGGACAAAGGACCAGACGUGGUGA